AUGGAUGGUGCUGAAUGGGCAAGAUGCAUGAAGGAGUUGAGAUGUGCAGACAAUGGUGUAAUUAAUAGAUGUGUAUUUGAUGCAGGGCACAAUGAAAAAUGUGUUGAUUUGAGCAAUACGAAGAAAAAUGUUCGGAAACUGCUGUUUAUAACAUCGAAUUCAUAUAAGCACACAGUUAUUCAGGAACUUCUCGGGAUUUCUGUAAUGCAAGUGGAGUUGGAGAUUGAAGAGAUUCAAGGCAGCAAGCAAGAGAUAGUUGCAGACAAACUGAGGAAGGUAUGCCAUCUUGUAGAUGAACGGAACAUUGUGAUCAUAGAAGACACCAGCAUUCACAUUGAUGGGCUGUAUGGGUUUCCAGGGCAGUAUGCAAAAGAUUUUCUUAGUAUUGGGAUAGACAAGGUGGUUGAUGUUACAAAGAAGGUUGGGGAUGGAUGCAGAUACUCGACAAUUAUUGGGCUCGCGUAUGCAAAUGGAGGAGAUGUUGUUAUGAAAGCAUUUGAUGGAGAGGUUGCAGGGCGAAUAGUGCUGAAGGAGGGUACUGAGCCAAGGCUGUUCAGGGAUGUGUUUGCUGCAGAAGAUGAAGAGUAUUGGGAUGUGCCUAACGGGCUAGAUGGCAUCAAGAUAGGGCGGUACAGGGCGGUGAGGAGGAUGCAGCAGUAUCUAAUGGAAAUGAAUAUCUGUGUGGCAGAGGAGGACAAAUGCGGUCUGAAAGCAAGCCCCUAA